AUGUUCCUCAUCUCCCCCUCACUACUCCCACAAGUUACAAAUGCAACAAUAGGUUCGAUAACAUGGUCGGAACACGCCGACAUAUCCCUCACUAUCACCAUCACACACACGACCCGAUCCUGGUCCUGGAGACUCAACCCCACACACCUCCACAACACAACCAUUAGAGAAAACAUUAGGAAAGACAUCACAGAAUAUUUCGAUAUCAACAAAGAUUCAGUCUCCUCCGCAAGCACCCUAUGGGCAGCCCACAAGUCCGUCAUAUGGGGAAAACUGAUCGCGGCAGCCACAGCACACAAAAAACAGCAACUAACGCUGCUGGAAUCGCACCUGACAGCCCUUAGAGCGAUCAAACGCAAACACAAAACCAACCCCGACCCAGCACUAACGGCCCAACUUCACAAACACAGACAAGAAAUCCAAAAAUUCAUGGUUCAAGACUCUAAAAAGGCACUCCAAUGGGCCAGACAGAUGUUCUACGAAAAAUCAAACAAAGCAGACACACUCCUAGACCAAAUACUCUGCCAAAGGCAGCGGGCCAAACACAUAACCAAAAUAAGAGCACCCGACGGACAACUACACAAUAUCCUUAGCCAAAUCGCGAACACAUUUCAAGAAAACUAUUCCUCCCUAUAUGACCACAACCCCGACUCCAGACAUAACCCAUCCCUACAUCGACAAAAAUCGAGGACUUCCUGA